AUGGGGCGCGAGAGCAAGACUUUCCUCGCCCGGCUCUGCGAGCAGGCUGAGCGCUACGAUGAGAUGGUUACGUAUAUGAAGGAAGUUGCCAAGGUCGCCGGUGAAUUGACUGUCGACGAGCGCAACCUCCUCUCUGUUGCCUACAAGAACGUUGUCGGCACAAGACGCGCGUCGUGGCGCAUCAUCUCCUCGAUUGAGCAGAAGGAGGAGUCCAAGGGCUCUGAGAAGCACGUUGGCACCAUCCGUGACUACCGACAGAAGAUUGAGACGGAGCUCGAGAAGGUUUGCCAGGAUGUCCUCAACGUGCUCGACGACUCCCUCAUCCCCAAGGCCGAGUCUGGCGAGUCCAAGGUGUUUUACCACAAGAUGAAGGGUGAUUACCACCGCUACCUCGCCGAGUUUGCUUCCGGUGAGAAGCGCAAGGUUGCUGCGACGGCCGCACACGAGGCUUACAAGACGGCCACGGAUGUCGCCCAGACUGAGCUCACACCCACGCACCCCAUUCGUCUGGGUUUGGCCCUGAACUUCUCGGUCUUCUACUACGAGAUCCUGAACUCACCCGACCGUGCUUGCCAUUUGGCCAAGCAGGCUUUCGACGAUGCCAUUGCCGAGCUCGACUCUCUGUCGGAGGAGUCUUACCGUGACAGCACGCUGAUCAUGCAACUUCUCCGCGACAACCUUACCCUCUGGACCUCAUCAGACGGUAACGAGGCCGAGCCCGCUGCCCCAGAUGCGCCCAAGGAGGAGCCCAAGGACGGCGAGGAGGCACCUGCUGGAGCCGACGUCAAGCCUGAGGUCAAGCCUGAGGAACAGCCACCGGCUGCUGCUGCUGCUGCUGCUCCUGGCGCUGCUUAA